UUGCAGCGACCAAGCGAAAAAUACGGGUCAGUGUGUGAACGAAUAAGUCGGUUCCAGUCAAAUCAUGCAGAGCAAUUGCCUCAUCAUCGUGGCUUUAUGCCUCCUUGGAUUAGUGGCGGCUAAGUCUUCGGAGGGUGAUCAAGAUCAGUGGGUCUGGCGAUCUUACAAUCGUCGAGAGCGCUCUUUUCGGGACAUUGAUCGCAGUUCCCCCAUAAGGAACUCCUAUGACCAAAAGCUGAGAAGGGAGCCUACAACUCGAAGACCCUUGCCUGGCCAGCCGGAGAACGAUGAGAUCGAGGACUAUGCCGAUGUGGUGGAGCCCACUAGAUCAUCAGAUACUCCAAAUGUGGGCACCCGUCAGUUUAAUCCCUAUGGAGGUCAACCCAAUGCCGGACAAUUCGGAGGACUUGGAGGCUAUGGCGGAAAUCCAGGUGUGCUGGUGGGACCCGGAGGACCGACUGGAGUCAUAGGAAGACCUCAGCUGUACCCCAAUCCCUAUCAAACAGGCUAUGGUGGAUUCUCGGGAGCCCAGAACGGCAUUGGUGGAUAUCCCGGAGGCUAUUCAGGAGUAGGACAGGGUCUUCCUGGAGCUGGAUUCCCCGGAACUAACUUCAACAACUAUCCUACCAAUGGACUGGGUCUCAACCAAUUCCCUAGCAACGGACAGUACCCAUAUGGAUCCUAUCCAGGAGGUGACUUCAGUGGUAACCAAUUUGCGGGAGCCGGUGGACAAUUCCCAGGAUUGGGACAGUACCCCGGUAACCAACAGUUCGGCGGACCUCAGUACACCGAGGGUUACGGUCUGGCUGGAGGAUUGGGCUUAGGUCAACUGGGACUUGGAAACGGUGGUAUUGGAUAUGGCGGUAGUUUCCCACCUCUCGGAGGCGGCUUUGGCUACGAUGAGAAAUCUCCAGCUGUGGCAGAAGGCAAAAGUGCUAAAAGUGUGGCUGCGGCACCCAGAAACGUGAAUGAUAAGCUCAGUAAGAAGAUCUAAUUUAGAAAUAUGAAACUGAAAGUAUAUCUUCCAUAUUUAUCCUCGCUGAGACUUAAAAGAUCUACAAUCGAAUUU